AAUUGAUCCAUCACACUGAUCAUGACAGUAGGAGCCUUCUCAGAAUGGCGCAGACUACGCGUUAGUCUCAGCGAACUAUGCAUUAGCACUACCCUCCGUUGUGGCCAGUCAUUCCGAUGGCACAAUGUGCCCGACAGCGAUGAAUGGAGAUGCGUUCUCCACGGUCGCCUACUAUCCCUUCGCCAAGACCCAACAAACCUUUACUACAGGAUCUAUCUCCCUCCGAAACACUCCAAUUCCAUCCCACUCCCAACACCACCUGCAUCCCAUCCCUCCUCUCGCGCUGAACCGCAUCCCGAUCAAGAUGACAUCCUCCCUAUCCUCACCCACUACUUCAACCUCUCCUCCAACCUAACAUCCCUCUACUCCCAAUGGUCCUCCACGGACCCAAAUUUCAAAAAGAAAGCCCCCCAAUUCACCGGAAUCCGCAUCCUGCGCCAAGACGCCUGGGAAGCCCUGGUCUCCUUCAUCUGCAGCAGCAAUAAUAACAUCGCGCGCAUCUCCCAGAUGGUCGAGAAGCUAUGCGCAAACUACGGGCCCUUCAUCGCCUCCAUUGACGGCCGCGCGUAUCACGAUUUCCCGCCUCCCGACGCCCUAACCGGUGACGAUGUGGAGAGCAAGCUGCGGAGUCUGGGUUUCGGAUACCGUGCCAAAUACAUUUACCAAACGGCACUGAUCGUCUCCACUCAGCGCGAAAAGGGAUGGUUAGAUUCCUUGCGGAACCCCGAGAGUCCUGCGUUGGGGGUUGAGGCUGCGCCGGGUGGGGAGAUGAGACCUGAAGGCCGAGAGGGGUAUCGCGAGGCGCAUGAGAAGCUACUCGAGUUGCAGGGCGUCGGGCCCAAGGUUGCGGAUUGUGUUUCUUUGAUGGGGCUGGGUUGGGGGGAGGCCGUUCCGGUUGAUACCCAUGUUUGGCAAAUCGCCCAGCGAGAUUACAAGUUUGGUAAAGGGGCCCAUAAAUCGUUGACGAAAGCUACGUAUGACGCUGUGGGUAACCAUUUCCGCAAGCUCUGGGGGAAGGAGGCUGGCUGGGCGCAUAGUGUUUUGUUUACGGCUGACCUCAAGACAUUUUCGGAUCGACUGAUUGCCUCAAAGAAGACGGAAGUGGAAGUCGAGGUAAAGGACGAGCCAGAUGUGAAGGGCGAGGAAGAGCUUAUCACACAAGUCACUAUCGCCACGGCGGUGGGUGUGAAGAGGUCUGCAAGCGAAAGCAAGGUAAAGACAGAGCCUAGUGAUGAAAAGGGUGUGAAGGCCAUUGUUGAAGCACACACGGCGACAAGACGAAUGUCGAAGCGGCUUCGGAACCGCUAAUCAUUUUGCUGUGUUAAUUUUGUAGAUAGCGUUGAAUGUACAGUACAGAACAUAUUACUUGGGCU